AUGAUAUCCAGAUCAUCAUUUUUAAGAGCAUCAAGAUUAAUAAGUCGUGGAAGUUUAUCUGGUACCUUGAGAGCAUUCUCAGUUACCUCGUGCCGUGCUCAAGAGGACUUAGUUGAUUUAAACUUUUUGGCAAGGAAGAAGCCGAGUACAGAAAACUAUGUUCCAUUAGUUAAUCCGACCGAGAAAUAUAAAGUUCAAAUUGAAGAAUUGCAUAAAUUCGGAACAUAUAUUAUGGCAUGUUUACCAAAGUAUAUCCAACAAUUUUCAGUUUGGAAAGAUGAAUUGACUAUCUACGUUGCUCCAUCUGCACUUAGACCAGUUAUGGUUUUCUUAAAGAACCAUACUUCAGCACAAUUUAAAUCUUGUAUGGAUGUUACGGCUGCAGAUUAUCCCUCAAGAACAAAUAGAUUUGAUGUUGUUUAUAACUUAUUAUCUGUUAGACAUAAUUCUAGAAUUAGAGUCAAAACUUACGCAAAUGAAACCAGCCCAGUUCCUUCUAUUACUCCAAUUUUUCAUGGUGCAAAUUGGUUUGAAAGAGAGACUUAUGAUAUGUUUGGGGUUUUCUUUGAAGGACACCCAGAUUUAAGAAGAAUUAUGACCGAUUACGGCUUUGAAGGUCACCCAUUAAGAAAAGAUUUCCCAACCACUGGUUAUACCGAAGUAAGAUACGAUGAGGAGAAAAAAAGGGUUGUUUAUGAACCAUUAGAAUUGACUCAAGCAUGGAGAAAUUUUUCUGUUGGCUCAGCUGUUUGGGAACCUGUGGGUGAAGGCAAAGAUUUCACUCCAGAAGCCUUCAAAUUGCCAACUCCAGAACCGGAGCCAGAAAAGGAAGGCGAGCAAAAGAAAUAG